CCCUGGCAGAACCCGAGUUUGAGGAGCCGGCGUCAGACGGGGAGGAGGACAGCGGGCCGGACGUGAACCUGAAUCGGCGGGUGAAGAGCCGCUCGAGCUACGCCCGUCUGGAGGUGCAGUCCAUGGGCAUCGACCUUACCCGGGACCCCGCCUUGGAGCCCGACCGGGACAACAACCUGGAGAUGGAGCAGCCUCUGUUGCGGGUUGCAUGCAACAACCGUUCCAACCUGACAUCUGGUGGUGGGGCCAACAAGGGCUUUCUGGACUACUGCCGCAUGCUGGAGACCGCCGUGAGGCAGCGUGAGGCACACCAAGGCCCCACUGUGCACGCUGGCCGCCAGUGGAGCUCUGAGAAGUCCGAGACGGAGUCCCUGCUGCCCGUGGCGGCGGACCCAGCACCCGCACUGCCGGAGGGCUGGGAGCGCCACCUGGACGACGACGGGCCUUACUACUGGCACAUACGCACGGGAACCAUCCAGAGGGAGCCGCCCGUGCUGUCCCCGCUCGCAGAAGGGCCGCCGGCCAGCCCGGUGCCGUCGCCACCCGCCACUGAGGCCCCGGCCCCAGCCCAGGUGGAGGUCAAGCGGCAGAACCAUCCGCCGGCGCCCGUGGGGUCCACGUCCGAUCGGCCGGUGCCGGUCCGCUUUGCGGUGCGCUCGCUGGGCUGGUCAGAAAUCCCCGAGGAGGAGCUGAGCCCUGAACGGUCGAGCCGGGCGGUAAACCGCUGCAUCGUGGACCUCUCCCUGGGGAGGGGCCGGGCCCUGCCGGACGGGGUGGGCCGCUGGGGGGAGGGCCGGGACCUGCUGCUCGAGCUGGACCAGGACCAGCUGCGCCUGCUGGGGCCCCAGGGGGAGGAACCCCUGCACGUGCAGCCCCUCCACGCCAUCCGUGUCUGGGGAGUCGGCAGGGACAAUGGCAGAGAGAGGGACUUUGCGUACGUUGCGCGCGACCGCACGAGCCGGCGCUUCAUGUGCCACGUGUUCCGGUGCGACAUGCCGGCACGCAUCAUUGCCAACGCCCUGCGGGACGUGUGCAAGCGGAUGGUGGUCGAGCGGAGCCUGUCCUCGGAGGAGCCUCCCCCCAGGGCCGCCCCCAAGCGCUCCGCCCUGGACCGCCUGGCCUCUCUGGAGGGGGAGCCCGUGUUCCCCUGCCCGAUGGAGGAGCCCCGCAAGGUUCUGCGGGCCCUGUACCUGGGCAGCGUGCCCGUGCCGGGGCCCUCCGGGAUGGACCUGCUCAACCACGCCGUGGACGCCCUGCUCGACCGGGUGCCCAGGGCCCACUGGCUGCCCGUCCAGGUUGCAGUGGCGCCCUCCACGGUGACGGUGCUGCUAGACGCCCCGACCCGCCGGGAAGGACCCGAGGAGCGGGAGGUGCUGGCUGAGUGCCGCGUGCGCUUCCUCUCUUUCCUGGGCAUCGGCAAGCAAGUCACGAGCUGCGGCUUCAUCAUGCACACGGCGCAGGACGGCUUUGUGGCGCACGUGUUCCACUGCGAGCCGUCUGCGGGCGCCCUCUGCAAGACCAUUGAGGCAGCCUGCAAGUUGCGGUACCAGAAAUGCCUGGACGCCCACCGACAAGGGGCCGCAAUCCAAAAGGACCAGCCGCUGCAGACCGGCAAGGGCCUGUCGAUGACGGCGUUGAAGGGCGUGAUUGGACAGAUCAGCACCCGCAUCGUGGGUCGUAAAGGGCUCUCAGCGGGGCAGCAGGCCGAGGCCUCCUGAAGCCCUUGACGGCCGGACGGUGCUCUCCCCCGCCGCCGCCCGAGCAGCUCUGACGCAGGUCGCCCCCCAUUCCCUCGCCACGGACGAAAACCUUCUGCGCCACCUGUGCACUGGCACGAGACACCCCGCACGGUAACGACGGUGUGCGCCAACAUCGGGAAAGCCUUCCCUUCGAGCGCCGCUCAAACUCUAGCGACACGCGUUGGCUGCGACCCGGUUGGACGACCCGUCUGGAGGUCUAGAGACGCUAACCAAGGUACACUGCACAGGGGUGGUCCGGACGCACCCAAGGGGAAAUGUCGCGCCAAACUGCACCAAAGCAGUUGUCUGCGAACUAAUUCACUCUGUAGUGGUUAUACACGAAUGCAUGCCAGUAUCACUAAUAGGGAACUGCACCAAAUUGCUCGGAACUUGCAUAGGUGCUGCUCCAAGGCUGCUCCGAAAUGCCAAUUUUCUUUUUUUUUUGACACUAAGUGCUUUUAAAUGAGGUUUUUAUUGUUUUAAAAAUUGCACCAAACACAAAACUGGCCGGACCACCCUUGGCUUCAAAGAGUAGUCUUGUUGGUUGAAACUGGUUGCCGCGAAGCUUUGUCCGAAAUCGCAAGGAACGGAUUUCUGUCCCCCGGAAACGUCGAAGCGAGGCGACGUCGCCCCAGCCUCUCGAUGCAGCUCCUGAAGCUCGAAUGCCCGCAUUGCCGAAUCGUGAGUGUCGCCUGUUGCCCCCGCCCUGCACCGGGCCACAAAAUGGCGGCGCCCGUGGGACCUUCGGGGAAAUGCGGCGUCUGUACUCUAAGCGUGGCUUACCUAUUUAGUGGCCCCGAACCCGAUGUGGCGUCGAUCCAACUUCUGGUUCGACGCGGCUGUCGACGAACGGGCAGAUACUCCCCUGAGGCUUUUAGAAACGUCCCGUUUUACAUUUCCCAAGUCUUUGGUUCGACGGCUUCUAAAUUACCCGAGCGUGGCAGCCCGAGGUUACAAUCUGCAAGGCGAAUCUUCCCAAUGUCGGCGCACGCCGACGAACCCUUUGGCGGCCCAGUGACGGGUCCCACGAUUUGUCGCUCGCCGUCUCUCGCAAUGAGUGUCUUGAAUGACAUGUUUGCUAAACGUUACAGGCUUUGACGAAAAAGCGUGUUGGUAACUGGACUCGGUGAAUUUUAUCGUGGACGCCAGUGCAACCGCUGACAAAGAAAGUGUUUUCGUGCUUUCGUGGUUCCGCCC